AUGAAAGGUCUUAGAACGGCUCUUUUAUCUGCCUUUGUAGCCUUUGCCUCCACUCAAAAGGUUCAAGUUUUACCCCUGGGUGACUCCAUUACCGAUAUUUGCUGCUGGCGCAGCUUUGCUUGGCGAGAGAUUUCCCAGGCUGGCUUAGCAGACCAAGUGGACUUCGUGGGUUCCGUGACAGGCAUUCCGGCCCGUUGCGACGCGCCGUCUGGCUUCGAUGCGAAUCACGAGGGGCACUCGGGAUGGCAGGCCUACGACAUCGCUAAGAACAAUAUCGAUGCCUGGAUGCGGCAAAGCAGCCCCGACGUCGUGCACGUCCUCCUUGGGACAAACGACAUCAAUAUUGGGAAACGGGAUGCCACGACCAUCGUCGGCGCGUACACAAGCUUGUUAUCUAGCAUGAGGACUGCGAAUCCUAAUGUCACUGUGAUUAUGGCCACAAUCAUUCCCAUGCGAUGGGAUGACGCGACGGCGGCUGCUGUCAAUAAACAGCUUCCGGCAUGGGUACAGCAGCACAAUACCACCCAGUCGCCGAUCUAUCUUGCGGAUAUCUCAAAGACGACGGGAUUCACAACCAACAUGCUGCAAGGGGAUGGAAUACAUCCGACCACCCAAGGCGAUCAAGUUAUUGCAAGCCGUGUCGCUCCUCUAAUUAUCAAUGCCGUAGAGUUUGUUCUUGCAAGGCGAUUAAACUAG